UUACCUGCCGGGCGGCGGGGACUGUGCUCUGUCUCAGAGGAGACUGGAGGCGAGGCCUUGCGCGCGCGACCUAUUGGCCCGGGCAGUAGGACGGGGUCUUUUUUGAAACUUGAGCGACUCCCGCGUGUGCGUGUGUGCGUACGCCGGCCAUUCCCGCAGGCACUUUGCUUUCCAACCUUUACAGGCAUGUACGCCUGCUGAGGGGGUGACGAUGGCGGCUGAGGGAGCUAUCCCUCAUCUCCCCUACCCUCCACCCCGCUCCACCCCACGCCCGCCAAGGAGCCAGGCAGACGCUUCAGGAAAUAUGCCCCGGAUCUAGAGGGGUCCGGGUUUGGCCAUUAAAUCACCGGCCCCUGCGGCUCGCGUACUCCGCCGGUCCGUCUGGGAGCGGCUGGAGCGGGGGCGUCGGGCGGUGUCUGCCUCUGGGGCAGACGCCGCCAGGUGUAAGCUGCUGGUCCAGGCCUGUCCCAGCCGACUGGCCAGGCGAUGGUGCUGUCCGUACCCUUCCUGAGGGCUACCUGCCUGCUGAGCGCAAAGGCCGAGGGCAUGCUCCCGACCCUGGCAAAGCGGGAGACAGUUCCCACUAGUAUUUUCCUUGUCUUCACUGCUGCACUCAGUGUGACAGAUCUGAGUGCAGGGAGUUAAGUGCUCUACAAGCACAGAUUCUUUCCAACUCUAGACGCUGAAUCUGAGUAUGUUCCAGAAGGGCUCCAAGCCUAAUUUAGCUCUCAACCUGAGGAAGGUACUAGAGAAAAUCUAGGUGCCCUUCCUCUGUCCGCCUUAGGUUGAAAAGUAUCACCGAAUUGGCAGGAGCAGGGAAGCGGAUAAGGUUCUCACAGCUGGUGAGCGGGGAUGUGGCUCUGCUGGGCGGGGGCCCCUAUAUGCUCUGCACUGAUGGACAGCAGCUGUUACGACAGGUUCUGCACCCUGAGGCUUCCAGGAAGAACCUGGUGCUCCCUGACACUUUCUUCUCCUUCUACGACCUCCGAAGAGAGUUCCAUAUGCAGCACCCAAGCACCUGCUCCGCCAGGGACCUCACAGUGGCCACCAUGGCACAGGACUUGGGAUUAGAGACAGAUGCCACAGAGGAUGACUUUGGGGUCUGGGAAGUGAAGACAAUGGUAGCUGUUAUCCUCCACCUACUUGAAGGGCCCAAUGGUCAGUUGUUUUCGAAGCCCGAGGUGGUAAAGCAGAAAUAUGAGACGGGUCCUUGCAGCAAGGCUGAUGUGGUGGACAGUGAGACUGUGGUACGAGCCCGUGGGUUGCCCUGGCAGUCAUCAGACCAGGACGUAGCUCGCUUCUUCAAAGGGCUCAACAUUGCCAGGGGUGGUGUAGCACUCUGCCUCAAUGCCCAGGGCCGCAGAAAUGGUGAGGCCCUCAUCCGUUUUGUGGACAGCGAACAGCGGGACCUAGCACUGCAGAGACACAAGCACCAUAUGGGCAUCCGCUAUAUUGAGGUAUAUAAAGCCACAGGGGAGGAGUUUGUAAAGAUUGCAGGGGGCACAUCACUAGAGGUGGCCCGCUUUCUGUCACGGGAAGAUCAAGUGAUCCUGAGGCUACGGGGAUUGCCCUUCUCAGCCGGGCCAACAGAUGUUCUCAGCUUUCUGGGGCCAGAAUGCCCAGUGACUGGGGGUGCUGAUGGGCUGCUCUUUGUGCGCCACCCUGAUGGCAGGCCAACUGGGGAUGCCUUUGCUCUCUUUGCCUGUGAGGAACUGGCACAGGCUGCUCUGCGCAGGCACAAGGGCAUGCUGGGUAAGCGGUACAUUGAACUCUUCCGGAGCACUGCAGCUGAGGUGCAGCAGGUCCUAAACCGCUAUGCAUCCAGCCCACUCCUUCCCACACUGACGGCUCCACUGCUGCCCAUCCCCUUCCCACUGGCAGGAGGGACUGGGAGGGACUGUGUACGCCUUCGAGGCCUGCCCUACACAGCCACCAUUGAAGACAUCCUGAGCUUUCUAGGGGAGGCAGCAGCUGACAUCAGGCCUCAUGGUGUGCACAUGGUUCUCAAUCAGCAGGGCCGACCAUCUGGUGAUGCCUUCAUCCAAAUGACGUCAGCAGAGCGUGCACUGGUGGCUGCUCAGCGUUGCCACAAGAAAAUGAUGAAGGAGCGCUACAUAGAAGUGGUCCCUUGCUCCACAGAAGAGAUGAGCCGUGUGCUGAUGGGGGGUACCCUGAGUCGCAGUGGCAUGUCCCCUCCACCCUGCAAACUGCCUUGCCUUUCACCACCUACCUACGCCACCUUCCAGGCCACCCCAGCCCUCAUUCCCACGGAGACGACAGCACUCUAUCCCUCUUCAGCACUGCUUCCAGCUGCCAGGGUGUCUGCUGCCCCUACCCCUAUUGCCUAUUACCCAGGGCCAGCCACUCAACUCUAUAUGAACUACACAGCCUACUACCCCAGCCCCCCAGUCUCCCCGACUACUUUGGGCUACCUUACCACACCUCCUACUGCCUUGGCCUCUACUCCCACCUCAAUGUUGUCCCAGCCAGGAGCCCUGGUCCGCAUGCAGGGGGUCCCAUACACAGCUGGCAUGAAGGAUCUACUCAGUGUCUUCCAAGCCUACCAGCUGGCACCUGAUGACUACACCACUCUGAUGCCUGUUGGUGACCCACCUCGUACUGUGUUACAAACCCCCAAGGAGUGGGUAUGUUUGUAAGAGAGAAAGUAAGACUGAGUUGAUAUCCUCAGCUAACAUGCCUUUCCUGCGUCCAGAGCAACCUGGCAUCUGCAAAACAUCAAGCUCAGAGCUCCCAUCUACCCCCUGCCCCCCCAAUCUCUCUGCCUGUUCACCCUGAAGAUGACUGCUACCCUACCGGCAGGACUGGGGGUAUACUGGAACAGCUCUACUCUUGAUGGUGUGAUUGGCCUCGAACAGCACCUGGAAAGCCUUUGGUCUGUCCUGGCUUUCAGAUACAGGGUACACAAGAGGCUUGUGCUUCUCCUGUGAGAAUCAAGAGUCUAUCUGAGCCUGAGUAUAAACCCCAAUUCUCUGCUCUCCCUACCCCUCUUGUGGGAGGAAGGCAGAGUCAGCUCCCACCCUCAGGAUGCAUGCCUGGACCUCAGAAACCAUGUGCUAAGGACGUAGCCUCACCUAAGUUUGCUAACCCCUCUCCAGCCAGGCCUGAGGAACUUCAGAUGACAAAACCACUGGCUGGCCAGAUACGAUGGUACACACCUGUAAUCUCAGCACUCAGGUGACAGAUGCAAGAGGAGUGCCUCAACUCCAACCUGGUCUACAUAGCAAGUUUCAGUUCAUCCAACCAUGUCACAAACAAUAAAAAAACGAUAGCUGGGUGUGGUGACACAUGCCUUUAAUCCUAGCAUUCCAGAGGCAGAGAGAGAGGCAGGCAGACCUCUGAGUUCCAGGCCAGCCAGUGCUACAUAGUGAGACCCUGCCUCAAAAAACCAAAACCAAAUCCCAAGCUACAUUGGAUUGUGCUGCUGAAAUAUCUCCAGAGAACACUAGAGGGCAAACAUCCCACGUGGAAACUCAGGUUUGAAUCUGAAAGGAGACUUUGUCAACUUUUUCUUGUAAUACCUUGGGAAGACCUGUUGUCCAGAACCCAAGCUUUUGCACCCAGUAAAGGGCACAGAACUGAAGUCUUAGAAGGAACUUUUUAAACUCUUCUCUGUAAAGUGAACAAAGUCCCUGAUGAAAUGGACUUUUUAAAAGCCAAUGAGUCUUGCAGGUUGGCCUAAAGGGCUCCAGACCAGCCCCAGAUGGAGAAAACCCAGACAGAUUUCAAGGACACUGGCAAUCUGUCACCUUUUAUUAUUUCAGCACUGUGAGGAGCAGUCUGAACUGCUGGCUCUUCCCUUUCUAUUUCUGUAAGGAGCACUGCACUCCUAUAAAAGGUUUUAAAAUACAAAAUACAAGAAAACACAAUCUCAA